UGCCUGACCCUGAGCUAAAUGAAGAAAUUAUCCGGGUCAUUGCUCUUCAGCUUGCUGAGAUUGGAGACCAGUUGGAUAAAGAAAUCAAAGCAAGAGUAGUAAAUGAUCUAGUGCGGCACUUUCUGAAUGAGAAUCUGUCUGGAGAGGAGAUAACCCGGCACAUGUCAGAGGCGGUGGAAGGGCUUGCACGAGCCAUCCCCUCAGGCAUGGAGCAGGAGAAGGCCAUGUUGGUGCUAGCGAUGGUCUUAACUAAAAAAAUCGUGAAUACAAUGCCGUCCCUUCUACAGCGUGUCUUCAGCACCACUGUGAACUACAUCAGCCAGCAGCUCCACAACUACAUUGUCAGAAUGCUGCGUUGA